AAUUGAACAAUUUGACUUGAUAAUAAAAGUAUAUGAGUGGACACAUAUAUAAGUAUUUAAAAAAAAAAAAAACAUUAUUUAGGAAAGCAGUUAUGGUUUGAAUCAAAGAACUGUAUUCUGACUUGGGAACAGGUUAUGCAUAAGCCAUGGGGAGGAAUAUCUAUAGUGAUUGAAAGAAUUAUGAGAAUAGCAACACAUAGUGGUCUGAUUUAACAAUGAUGCAUCUAAUAUUGUAUAUAAGAAUACACAAUAUUAACAUAGAGAUGGAAAAUUUAAACAGUUGGAAAAAUUUGAUUGACACAGGAGUGAGUAACAUUCACGUCCUAGAGUCACAAUUGCACAUAUAAAAUUAUUUAGACCAUAAUGAAUAUCAUGCAAAUUAGAAUAAUUAAGACUGUCAUCAACUGUAUUCCAUGUUCAAAGAGAAAGUAUCAUUUUUGGAAUAGAACAUAAGAUUGUUUUAAAUUAAGUUGAUAUGUACAAACAUGUUAUGUGUAAUGUUACUAACAUCAUUAUUAUGUUUGAUUAGCACUGCAGAAUGUAUAGAUAGAUAUAGAUAUGGUUAAAUCGAUUGAAAUUGAAUAAUAUCUCGUUAGGAGAGAUAGGAAAAAAGGGCAGUGUAGAUUGAAAAUGAUUAAUAAUUAAUAGUGCAUUCUCCCCGAUCUCACAGAAUUUUUAUAUGGUAAAUAUAGGUGAAAAGAACACCCUGAUUUUCUGUUUUGCAUUAGAGCAAAUUGUUCAGAUGAGAUACAGUAAGUUACUUACCCCAGAAGCCAGUGAAUUUGAAAUGAAAGUCUGGUCUGAUAUCUACCUGGCACAUGUAUCCAUUGUGUUUACAGACACCCACAGGUGAAGAGGAGUAAAAAUUCUGGCAGAGAGCAAAUCGAAGCUCCUUGAAAGCCAAAAGAGAAAUGGGCGUGGCUCAUGACAGCAAAAGUCCUGAAAUAGGAUGGGUCAUCUGUUGAAGAAGCUAAUAAGCAUAUCUUGGAAUCAGAUAUUCAUGGCAAAUUAAGGGGACGAUGAUAAUUAUUGUUCUCAGGAACCGAAAUGUCUCACUACACAGACGAGCCGCGGUUCACUAUUGAGCAGAUUGAUCUGCUGCAACGUCUCCGCCGGACGGGGAUGAACAAGCAUGAGAUACAGCAUGCCCUGGAAACACUGGAGCGUCUAGAUCGCGAGCAUGGGGACAAGUUUGGCCGCCGGCCAGCCUACAGUGGGACGAGCACCACCACCAGUGAUGUAGUGGCCUCUUCUAUCACCAUCGCCACACAGACCCAGUACCACAGGCUUUCACCCUCCCCCAGCAACAGCUAUGACACCUCUUCACCCCCCAGCAGUGCCACAGCCAAUCAGAGUGGCAAAGAGACUAUGCCUGCCACUCCCAACAGGAAGCUAUCACCAAGCCGAUACUCCGCCAAUAGUGUGGAUCAAAGUUUGUACAGCUUUGAAGCCACAGAGGAUGAGCUGGACAUCGAUGACAAGGUGGAGGAACUCAUGAGGUAACUGGUAUUGUAGAAGGCGACAAUAAACCCUUUGGAGAGGGGUCUUCCUGUCAUGUUGCGUCAUAACUGUUUAAUUGUUAACAAUAUUGAUAGCUCAAAUUAAACAGCACUGAGUGUUUUACUUAAGAUUUUAUUAUAGAAUAAAACUACCAAUAUUUAUUUUUACUUGUGUUCUACAUAGGGAUGUCACGGUAUUAGAUUUUGACGGUAUGAUAACUAUAAAAAAAUAUUUCACGUUUAUCGUCUUUUUAUUAUACAGCUAUUUAAGCCAGUAUAAAUGCUAUUAACAUUUUUCAAAGUAGCUAUUUAAAGGAAUAACAUUUUAAACAGCAUUACAUUGCUGUAUGUGUUGUAUCUCUCUCCUGGGUUUUAGCUGAGGCAUAUUUUCAAGUUAUUUGUGCAACUGCAAAAUACUAAUAAACAUCCUAUACAAAAUGACCUAUUUUAAUAAGCUGCCAUGACAGUGUAGUUUGCAACA